GGCACGAUUGUAGGUAGCGCACCCGUGCCCGUGCCUGCGGGAGGGAGCAGCAUGUGCAAAUUCCCAGGCUCACAUGGAGGGAAGGAAGGGUGCGUUGCCGAAAAUCCUGCCCGCUCUCUCGCCUCAACCCUUUUCCAAGAAGCAAAGAAGCCCCUCCCCCAAUCCGUCCCCUUCCAUCCAUCCAAUCAAUCACUCACUAUUUCACUAAACCACCUAGUGUUACCUACUGCCCUUUUGCGGCUUCUCUUCCUAGCGGACACCUACCAGUCGCCUGACGCCAAUUGCCAAGUGUCUAACCCGAACCCCGGUCAGCUAAUGCCGGUCUUCUUUGCCCGUGCUUGAAUUGCUUGAUUAUUCAUUCAUUCAUUCAUUGAUAUUAUCGGCCCCCUCCCCCAACCCUCCCAGUCGCUUGACCAUUAUUGCUUCGUUCUUCAAUCUGUUACUCUUCCUCCCCUCCCCUCCUGCCAACGCUUGCUCCCACAUCACGUCCGCACGUCCGCUCCCCAACCAGCACCAGCUCUCCAGCUAUUACUACCCUGCGCUUGUAGCAUCUGACACCGACGAUCCAAGCUCCAUCUCCAGCGAACAGGUCCCGAGCAGGCGGAGCGCUGAUUCGCGGUCUGGUCUCUCUGAACCAUCCAGCAAAACCUCAGCCCUGCGACUCCUCCAAAUGACGACGGUCUCUUAGCAGCGGAUCCGCUGAAUUAUAGCCUCUGCAGUAGGAGCCCCCGGUUGUGCACCCAGGCCCGCGUUGCUGGGAAGGGCACCUCCGGCAACAUGGAUCACAUGCUGGUGCUGCCUCCUCCGUCGCAGUCCCCGACACCCUCGCAGCUAAAAUCACAAGACGCAAGUGCCGCUGCCUCCUAUCCGGACUACGAGCGCCGCUCAACACCAGCGGCGCUCCACGAACCAACUUUGACGAUGCACUCGUCCCACCUAAACAGCCUGCCGCUACCGCCCAUCUCCCAUCCAGGCGACCCAACCUCGCGAUCCUUCCCCCACCACACUGCCGAGCUGGCCCCGAUCCAGCCGCCGCACGAGAAGCCUGCCAUUGGGGCCGCGCAAACUCUCCCGUCACUCUCCUCCGUCACUGGCGCGCAGACUCCUCGCCUGCCCUCGCUGUCUGCCGCCUCAGAGUCUUCGUAUUCUCCCCUGUCUACGGCGAGCACAUCGACAGCAAUCCCCGCGACCACAAACAAGACGGUCGCUUCUCCCAGUCUCCCCAUCAAUCAUUGGCCGAGCCUGAAUCCCUUCACCACAUACUACACACCGAGCCACGUGCAGGGUUCCGAAUCGUCCAUGAACGCGGACGUGACCAGCGGCAAACCAAGUCACCACAGGGCUACCAGCGUCAGCCUCGAUGAUCCGGGGGUGCGUGCCGCCGCCGAGGCUCUGGGGCGCCUGCGAACAGUGGACACCAUGCCCCACGACAGCGACGGCCGGCGCAACCGGACUCCCGAGGCGUACCAAGUGGGCACGCCCAACUCCCAGGAGAGCUCCAGCGAGAGACAGCAGGAGCCCCUGCUGUCAUUGAUCACUACGUCUUACCCCAGCAUCGCCCCUGUUGCGUCAUAUCUAGAAAGUGCCACGUCGGUCUGCAAUACGGCCUAUACAAACUCCAAAAACUAUUCGCCCGUCCUCAGAAGGAAUGCCGAGUACAUAGAGGACCGAGUCGUGAAGCCGGUCGCCAAGACUGUAGGGAGAUAUGGCGGCCACGGGCUCAGGUGGUGGCUGCAGAAGCCGGGCAGGAAGCAGCGCUCACCGUCCGACUUGGAAGAUGGGCGACAGGGAGUGAAGCGACGGAAGGGGGACACGGACAGAGAAUCAGCCAUCGCGGCCCGCGUCAUGGCCGAUUUUGACAUAGGUUCCAAGGAUCGACGCACCUCGGUCAGCACGGUCGACACGUUGCCUGCCUAUGACGACCAGAGGUCGCCGGCCUACACCGAGAGGGCUGACGAGCAGAGGGGGCCGACCUCUCAGGAUGAAGAGUCUGGGAGCUAUAAGCUGUGGGUUACGACGUCCAGUCUCCGCGUUGCCAUGCAGGAUGAGAGCAAGAAGCGUCUCCGGGUUCUCAUCGGGGUGCUGAGCAACACCAACGGGCGGAUCACUGACUUCUUCGAGAGCCUGACCAAGGCGGUGGAGGAGUAUGAUCGCUCCAUCGCGGCAAAUCGCGAAGAUGUUGCCAUGGAUGGCCAAGACGAGCACAGUCACAAUGAGCUCUCGACACGCAUCAUGACCCUCGUUGACGGCAUAACCAAGACGAGCGCAGCGACGGUCGACAUGGUCAACAAAUGCGCUGCGAGUGCCCUGCCAGAUAAUGUCAAGGCCUUUGUGGCUCGUCGACUGAUAAGCUUGCCCGCGCAGUGGAAGCUCAUGGCGUCGCAAGAAGGGCCGGACGCGCCCAGGGAAGGUGGCGACGAAGCAGCAGCAAUCCGUCACAGAGCACACUCGGCAUUGGCGCUGGCCAAGGUGUCUCUCCAAAUUAUGACGCAAAUCACCGAAGUCCUCAACAUGACGCUGAACGCUGUUGAAGAAUGGUGCGAGAACCAAAACAAAAACGAGAGCUCCCAGCCAACUUCCCCAAUGGGUGUUCAGGGGCCGGUGGGCGUAGAUGGCGACGUCAAGAUGUUAGAUUGAAAAGCACCGAGGGGCGGGGAGCAGGCUUGCUACCCUAUCUGUACCCACAACAAAACUAAAAAGAAUAUGGAUCGAGCAAAGGCCAGGCCUCCAAAAGCAUUUAUCCUCAUCAACUACACGUCUCCUACGUACACAAUCAACUUUUUUCUCUAUGUAUCAUUCAGCCAACCCCCCGCGCCACAGACUAUUCAUUCCUUUACCUUGGUCAUCUUUAUUGUAUUUAUUAAGUCGUCUUCCGAGGUUUUGACCGGUUGUUCUCUCCGCACAGUACAAUCGCUUCUUCCCUUCUUGCCUCUUUUCCUUGUCGCAGACUUCUUUUGCCAAUUGGUUUUCAUAUUUCAGGUUUCAAUAGACCGACCGAAUUUCUAGGAAGGAAGGCUCUCUUUGAUGGGGAGAGACGCUCGGUAUGGCUGGAAAACAACUUGAGGUUGACAGUUGAUAAAGCACACACACGAGGAUGGAGAAUAAAUCAGAGACCCUGUGAUAGCCUAUAUCCAAAAUUCUUCUAGGAUCGACCGCUCCGUGCCACCUUGGUGCAAAGAUGCACUUUGAGAAGGGCACAUUUUCGCCUUUUUGCCUGCACAGAACAUUGGCGUGGGUCAAUAACCCACGCACAUACAUAACACGAAGGCGCAUAAAGUGUAUAUCUCGCGUAAUGCGUAUCAAGGAGUAUAUUUCAAAAUCAGAGAGCACCUCCUAGUCUGCAACUAUCCCAAACUGAAAAUAGACGUCAAGAUGAAGCAUUGAAAUACUAGAUGAGCAAUCACCAUAUUCGGAAGGGGAAAACAGCCAGGAAUGAGUAAAGAAGGAGGGAAGAGACAGUGGACAGCAAGCAUUUUGAAAGCCACCUUGCAGACACCAGACAUAAUACCCGACAACAAUGUCGCAAUAAACACCAUAUUUGAUGAUGAAAACCCCCAAGAAAGUGGGGGAAACAGAGAAAAUCAAAUACAGCUCGCUGGGUCCGGGGUAUAGAUAUAGUGUGAAUAUCUGUAAGGAUCGCUGACCAGGUUGCUGCUCGAGCUCAUGCCGUACGUCGUCGUGGUGUUCGAGACGUACGUCAGAGCAUUGACGUUUGCCUGGGCAUUGAUCAUGUUGGCAAAAUGAUUGGCCUGCAAAGCCUCCUGAUGAUCGGCAUAAGAGCUUGUCAGGGUGUGGGAAGCCUCGCCAUAAGUGUCUGGGUAACCUGCCCCAUCGCCUUGUUCUCCCGGGGCUUCACAGCUUUCUCCAGAGUCUGGGGAAACAACGGCUUCCUCACCACCCCCGCUACCAAAAUCCAUCUCGCCCACGUCCUCUCCCGUGCUGGCGGCGAUCAGCAGUCUCGUGAGCCCCCCCACGGCAGCCAACGCUACCUUGCCCGUCCCGACAGUCUUGAGGGUGGAGCUGUUACCUCCCCCAGACCCUGGCGCGUUGAUGCCUUUAUUCAGUGUGGUAGGGUCGGCGGUUGUGAUCUGCUGCCAUGAACCAGCUGAGGGGCCGGUGGGAGCAGGCGGCGGAAGAAAUGAGCCUCCUCCACCUGAUCUCUCUACCAAAGCAACAGUUGGCGUAGGCUGGGGGUGGUGCAAGUAAUGUUGCUGCUGGUGCUGCUGGUGCUGCUGGUGGUGUUGAAGGUGAUGACCGGGAAGUGAGUAGUGCGGCUGUGGGUGUGAGGGGAGAGACAAGGGCGAAGCUGAUAUCUGAGGAUAGUGAAAUUUUGCCAGCGGUGGUGGAGGUGAAGAGGGUGUCUGGUUUGAGGCAAAGACGUGCGGAGUUUGGCCCUGUGAGACAGGAGCAAGUGCGGCUGGGCUCUGGCUCUGGCUCUGAUCUUGGCGCGCUGGCGGCACAAAAGGAAUAGCAGACUGCUGGUGGGAUGCCGUGUUCUGUGCGUGGAGGUGUGAAGAAGCCCAGUACUGUGGUGUGUACAGCAGCUGUGGGUUUGUCGUCUG